CAGCUCCUCCGGGGCAGAACCCGAGGAGGAGCUUCGCGGGGUCACGGGGGCGGGGGGCGGGGCUCCAGGGCGACUAGCGGACCAAGAUGGCGCCGUCCUUGAUGCUGCUGCCGCAGCUGUCUCGGCUCCUCUCCGGAACCCGGCUCCCGCGCCACACUUUUGUUCGUUCAGCAUUUUACGUUCGGGACAACCCAAAUGACAAACCCAACUGGCUGAAAGUUAUCCUAACCUUGGGCACUACUGCAGGCCUGUGGGCCUUCCUUCUCCAACAACAUGAAGAAGAUGUUUUAGAGUAUGAAAGAAGAAAAGGGCUAGAGUAACGUUCUUGAAUCUGUUUCUUUCCUAAUUGUUUACUGUAAGAAGUGAUGACAACCAGUUUGUGGGUCCAUCGAAUGAUAUAUCCGAAAAACAACUUGUAUUAGGAUUUCUCUACAGUAUCACAGAAUGUACAGAUAAAAACUCAUCUAAAAAAGGACACCUGCCCACUUUUCAGGUUAUAUACAUCCUAUUGACUUGUAGAAAAGUCAGUUUGGAACCAGUAUUUAAUCCAUUUUUGCAGAUGAGAGGGACCUUGCUUAUACUUGAAAGGCACUAACAUAGAUAAGCAAAUUAAGAAUUUCAAUAAAAACUAAAAAUAAAACCUACUGCCUGAAAUUGAACACUGGUAGUUAAUAUUUUACAGCACUUAUCCUCCAUCAGUAGAUACAACAUGGCCAUGACAGUGGUGAUUCAGGAAGUUGUUAGGGACUGAAGGGAUACUGAAAUGAUUAAGAUGGUCCCUGCCCUUGAGAAGUUUACCAUCUACUAGGGGCGGUACGACUUGCCUAAGAAAUUGUGAUACCAAGUAGAAUAUAAAGUUUCCUGGGAAAUACAACAGAAGUGCUCUGAGAAGUCACAAAAAGAAGACUAUAAAGAAGAGGGGGGACCCACAAAAACACCUGCUUACCAAUGAGAACACAGCAAUCCUGGUUUAUCCUAAAGACCCUUACUUGUAGAUAAAUUAAAAAUUCUGCUUCCAAUACCA